AUGUCUCUCAAGCAGUGUGUUGCAAAAAAGAUAUUGAACGAGGUCAUCCUUCCACUUAAAAAACCCAAGGAAUGGAAAGUAUUGGUACUGGACAAGUUGUCAACGCGAAUGGUGUCCUCGUGCUGCAAAAUGCACGAAAUAAUGAAUGAAGGAAUAACGCUUGUUGAGGAUGUCAGCAAACGUCGCGAAAUUCUGCCUUUGGAAGCAAUAUACUUGAUAACUCCAACGGAGCGGUCGAUCCAGGCAUUGAUGAAUGAUUUCCAGGGUCCGCGUUUUCAGUAUAAAGCGGCUCAUGUUUUUUUGACGGAAGCGUGUCCAGAUGAGUUGUUCAAUCGUUUGUGUCAAUCCAGCUGUGCAACUUUUAUAAAGACUCUAAAGGAAAUCAAUAUUGCCUUUCUCCCUGUUGAAGGUCGAGUAUUUUCCCUGGAUUCUCCCGACAGCACUCAAUUCUAUUUCCAUCAGAGUUAUCCUCCGCACCCAGGACAGAUGCAUCAUUUGGAACAUAUUGCAGAACAGAUAGCUACCCUUUGUGCUACUGUCGGAGAGUAUCCGCCCAUUCGCUAUCGAAAUCAGCAUGACAAAAAUUGUGAAUUCGCCCAAUUGGUACAACAGAAAUUGGAUGCUUAUAAGGCCGAUGACCCACAGAUGGGAGAGGGUCCGUACAAAGACCGCAGCCAGCUCAUCAUACUUGACCGUGGUUUUGAUCCAAUUUCACCAAUCCUUCAUGAACUAACAUUCCAGGCAAUGGCUUAUGAUCUGCUUGCCAUUGAAAAUGACGUCUAUCGUUAUAUCAACACGUCGGGACCCGAAGAAAGAGAGAAGGAGGUUAUUCUUGAUGAAUCCGACGACCUCUGGUGUGAGUUGCGCCACCAGCACAUUGCUGUUGUCUCCCAACAGGUCACAAACAAGUUGAAGAAGUUUGCAGAAGAGAAACGAAUGGCCAGCGGCGGUGAUAAGACCACCAUUCGGGAUCUUUCUCAGAUGCUCAAGAAGAUGCCUCAAUACCAGAAGGAACUCUCCAUGUACUCGACGCACUUCCACCUCGCAGAGGACUGCAUGCACAACUACCAGACCUACACAAACAAACUCUGCAAGGUCGAGCAGGAUCUAGCGCUUGGUACAGACGCCGAAGGUGAGCGCAUCAAGGACCACAUGAGGAAUACCGUACCGCUUCUCAUUGAUUCCAACGUCUCCACGUACGACAAAUUGCGUCUGAUUCUGCUUUACGUCAUCCAACGUGGGGGCAUAAGUGAGGAGAAUCUAGCCAAACUUAUUCAGCAUGCUCAAAUCCCCGAACCGCAGGCCGCCGUUGUCCGAAAUCUCGCGGCUCUCGGGGUGCCUGUUCUGCAGGAAGCUGGUGGUGGACCUACAAUCGGACGGAGGAAGGCCCCACAACCCUACCUGCCGGCGAAUCGCAGAACCCGCACCGAUGAGCCAAAAUACCAGAUGUCACGGUGGACGCCCUACCUAAAAGACCUAAUUGAGGAUGCCUGCGAGGACCGUCUAGACGUUCGCCUGUUUCCCUUCUUUGGUGGAGGCCCCGUCAAGUCGGGAGGGAUCGGAGGAGGUCUGAGUCGCACUUCUGGAGGAGGCGGCAGUGUUGGGGGCGGUUCCAUGUCAGCUCGCUACGGUCAGUGGCAUCGCGAAAAGGGCGCUCAGACGCGCUCGGGUCCUCGCCUCAUCUUCUUCAUCCUCGGCGGCAUCUCCUACUCCGAAAUGCGCUGUGCCUAUGAGGUCAUGUCAGCGUACACCUCUGUGGCGGGUGGCGGUGGCGGAGGGAAACAGUGGGACAUUUUGGUUGGAGGAACUCACCUGCUUACGCCUGAGACCUUCAUCAGUGACCUCGAACGACUCUCCUACCCUCCAGGCACCACGGGAACAGCCACUGGUGGUGUCAUGGGUGGCCAGAGCGCCGGGAGCCAGAGCCAGCAUGGCGGAGGGUCGGAGACUGUUUAG